AUGUCUAUUGAAACACCCCUCAUCACUGUAUAUAAAGAGAUCAAUGGUAGCAUCAUCGACAUCCAUGGCGGUGCCUUCAUGCUCGGCCAUUCACGCAUGAUCUCAAUGUCCCAGGUGGACGACUGUCUCGCCCGUGGCUGGAUCGUGCUAGCUCCGAAUCACCGGCUUUGUCCCGGGGUGAAUCUGCUUGAGGGUCCAAUGCAGGAUAUCCGUAGCUUACUAGCCUGGGUGUAUGAAGGUCACUUAGAUAACUUUCUGAGCGAGCAAGCUCAACCAUUCAGAGCCGAUUUGGACAAUGUGGCUGCGUUUGGGACUUCUUCUGGUGGUCAUUUAGCCUUGAGUUUAGGCUUUGAUACGCCCAAAACACCCAAGGCAAUCCUCUCUCUCUACGGCUCUGUUCACUUCACAGAUCCUUUCUGGAAACAGCCUCUUCCUCACGUCAGUGCAAAACUUCCUCCUCUUGACCCUGCCUUUCUGGAAAGGGUGUACGAUGAGGUCCCUAUUCCAACAGAUAGUUCUGUUUCCCUAGAGGGACAGUCUGAAUCUGGUCUUUCUAAGGGUCCGGACUUCUCAAGACCUCGUGACGCAUUCGCCUUUACACAGAUUGCAGCGGGGACAGUCCUUUCAGCCGUCUACCCCGAGAGUCGUACUACAGACCCAGAUAUGCGACUCGUUGACCCAGUGCAGAAUAUUUCGGGUACUUUCCCGCCGACUUAUGUCGUACAUGGAAUGGCGGAUACUAUGGUCCCUAUUUGGUUGAGUCGCAUUUUGCUGGAGAGAUUGAAGGCUGCUGGGGUUGAAAGUGGAAUGACUGAGGUUCCUGGCGAGGAACAUACUUUUGCGGCUAUGAUGAAGGUUGGUUCUAAGACUUGGUGGUUGCAGAGGAAGGGAUUUGAUUUCCUAGAGCGAUUUAUUGGAAGGGGACCACUAUAG